AUGGCGUUUGACUUCAGCAGCAUGGAGGCUCAUACAUGCCGUGCUGGUCCUGCUCUCCGAGGAGCAACGGUGAACCCAGGCGAUCACGCCAUAGAUGCUUCGAACGACAUCAUGGAGGAGGUCGACAAACUUGCUACUCAAACGACUCUCACUCAGAGGCAAAUAUGGAUGGCUAUUGUGGACAAGUUAUACAUGAACGAUGGGGCUCCGGUUCGCGGCGUAUCGGAGAAAACCGUCAAAAACCGUGUGCAAGAAGCUUGGGGCCACGAUUCCAGUCACGGCCGAGCCAGUAUCAUGACGAACCCCCGACUGACCAAGAUUAAAGGAUCGCACCAAGGCUUCUUCCAGUUUCAGUAUGCCUGGCACGAUGACGUCAAAGCGCUGAAGAAGCCGCCAAAGGAUGCAAAUGGCAUCGAUCAGAUAACUGCCGUGUGUGAGGUGAAAGGUCUGGAGUACUCUCGUAGCAAGUGGCGAACGUUUUGGAGCUACUUUCAGCGGACUUGGUUGGAGACAUACCCGCCGGAAUACUGGAAUGUGUUCGGCAUGAGGCGUGACAUCAUCAGCCGGACGAACAACCCAUUAGAGCGAUUUCACCGUGAACUAAACAAGCGGUUUAAUGCUCAUCCGCCCAUGAAAACCUUCGUGACUUCGCUAGAGAACCUUGCUCGCGAGUACGUUGCGCAACGGACGACUGUCAUCUCAGGCUUAGCCAAGCCACCUGAGCGUACAGGAUUCGUCCUACCAAGACAGCCAAAGCUGCCAGAGGUGAGCGACAUCGUCGACUCGCCAGCCAGCAGCGACGGUGAGGGUGAAAUUGUCGAUGCUGACGCGGACUCGGAACCAUACAGCAGCGCUAUGUCCUCGACGGGUGACGAGAACGUGGAACCCGGCGAGUACAUUCAGCCGGAUCAUACGACGGCGAGACGUAGAGAGCCUCCGACACCUACAUCACGGACGCGACCGCGCAGUAUGAAGAGGGCAGACGCUGCAAAUCGGAGAGUGAUGGAGGCGACAGGAUCAACUGCUGCUUCGACUUGCGACGCGAUUGCAUUGGUGCUCGCGCUGGUAAGCCCCGGCAGUCACGGUGCCGGUCCCUCGCGUCAGCUGUGCCGCCAAGAGCCAAGGGCGGCGAUGCUGACCACGGGCGCCACGAGGGGCGUGCGCCGCCGAAAGUUUCGUUGGCGGCCUCGGGAAGACGCGGGUGCAGGCGCUCGGCGACUGCGAGUCUCGCGCCAUCAAAUGCGGUGGCAGGCAAAGGCAGACGCCGGCCGGACGGAGGGUCUUAUCCACUCGGCCAUUGCCUACCACUUGGUGCAAGACCGCGCGUCCUUCUGA